AUGAAUGCAGCACGACAUGCACGCUAUCCAAGAGCCAAGCCGCUUGGCCAAAGCGAUUUGCCAACACUUUGUGCUUUCACUUCCGAGGAUAGUCAUUACUCGAUCAAAGGAGCGGCUGCGGUAAUGGGCAUCGGUACGGAUAAUUGCUUCAAUAUCCCAGUGGAUCCAGCUGGACGUAUGAUACCGGAAGCGCUGGAACAGCGCAUUGUGAAGUGUAAAAGAGACGGUCUGGAGCCAUUUUUUGUAUGUGCAACAGCUGGCACAACAGUUUAUGGCGCAUGGGAUCCAAUUCCUCAAAUAGCUGAUAUUUGCGAUCGACAUAAAUUGUGGCUUCACGUUGACCUGCGCGGCAUUGAAAGAGCUAACUCGGUGAUCUGGAAUCCUCACAAGCUGAUGGGUGCAUUGCUGCAGUGUAGUGCUUGCUUCAUCAAACAAGAGGGCCUCUUGUUCCAAACGAAUCAAAUGUCUGCGGAUUACUUAUUUCAACAGGAUAAACCGUACGAUGUGAGUUAUGAUACGGGCGAUAAAGCGAUGCAGUGCGGUCGACACAAUGACAUUUUCAAAUUCUGGCUCAUGUGGCGAUCCAAGGGAAUGGAAGGAUAUCGUCGACAGAUCAACAAGCUGAUGGAUUUGGCAGCAUACUUUACCGCACGAAUUCGAGACACCGAGGGAUAUGAGUUGGUUGUGGAUCCUCCCGAGUUUCUGAAUAUUUGCUUCUGGUACAUUCCACCAGCUCUUCGGAAUCUUGAGGAAGCCGAACGCAAUGCACGCUUGGAAAAGGUUUGUUCUGCUUCAGUGUGUGUUGCACGAGUAUAUCUGAUAUUAAAAUGAAU